ACUCCUCGAUUGACGAGUUGCGGAAGUACAUGGAGCCUGGUAACUGAAAGUGGAAGUGGAAAGGUUCGAAGACAAUUAAGAAAAGGUAGAACAUACAGGUCAGAUGGAAAGUUCUGAUUCAGCAGUGUCUGGAAGUCAGGCUGAUCAGAGCCAACAGAUGGAUCCAGAGUCUCAGGAAGCCACAGAAGCACCUUCAUCCAGCUCUGAGACCCUCGACACGUCGGAGGGACCUGAGGCCGCGGCCAUCGAAGGGGGCAGUUCUGCUCCUGAAAGUCACAGUGAUGACCAGCAAGAACAGGCAACGGCCAGCGGUCUUUCUGGAGAGAUGGAUCUGUCGUCCCUGUUUCAGAAACUGGAGGACAGUGCAAUGAGUCUCCUGAGGAACGGGCUGCAAAAGUCUAAGCAGUAUCUUAGUGAUGAUUACCCAGCAUCCCCCGAGUCUCCAGAGGAGGACGACGGCAGUUUGGAUGAUGAGGACCAGAUGCAGGAGAGCUCUGCCAGAGAAGGGAUUCAGCUAAUUACGAUGCACAUUCUCAGGAGCAUGAACCAGAAAGACCUUGCCGAUAGACUGGAGAAAAAUGAACUGCAGGUGGCUUGUCAGCGAAAACUCAGACGCAAUCUGAAGAGAAAGUUUGAAUGUAUAUCUGACGCAAAGCCAAAACAUGGAAAUCCAACACCUUUAAACAAGAUUUACACGGAGCUCUACCUAACUGAGGGUGGGAAAGAAGGACUCAGCAACGAGCAAGACAGAAUACAGCAGGAUUCGCAAGAGAGUGAGAUUAAAUGCAAGGACAUUUUUAAGCCUCUGCCACAGCAUGUCUCGCGUAUCAGAACCGUACUGACAAAAGGGGUUUCUGGUGUCGGAAAAACAUCCUCUGUGCAAAAGUUCAUUCUUGACUGGGCUGAAAAGAAAGAAAAUCAAGAUAUCCAUCUCAUAUUUGACCUUCCAUUCCGAGAACUGAACUUGAUAAAUGACAAGGAAUGGAGUUUGAUAGACCUUCUUCAGUAUUUCUUUCCAGAAAUCAAAGUAUUUGGAUCUGUUGAUCUUAGCAGUUACAAAGUGCUGUUCAUCUUUGAUGGCCUGGAUGAGUGUCACCUUCCAUUGGAUUUCCAUAACAAUAGAAAUUGGUUUGAUUUAUCAGAACCAACAUCAUUGGAUGUGCUGUUCACCAACCUCAUUAAGGGGAAUUUGCUUCCCUCUGCUCUCAUCUGGAUAACCUCCCGGCCCGCAGUAGCCAAUCACGUCCCUCCUGAGUUUGUCCAUCGGAUGACAGAGAUACAAGGGUUCACUGACCCUCAGAAGGAAGAGUACUUUACAAGAAGUUUUGGUGAUCACAGAGUGGCCAGCAGAGUUAUCACACAGAUGAAAUCUCUCAGGAGGAUCUACAGUAUGUGCCACCUACCAGCUUUCUGUUGGGUUUCAGCUACUGUCCUUGAGAGGUUGCUUAGUGAAGCAGAUAAGGGUGAGAUCCCUAGAACCCUAACUCAGAUGUACACACAGUUUUUGAUUUUUCAGACAUCUGUAAGAAAUCAGUCGUAUGCCACAGAACAGUUGAGGAGACCAGUCUCAUUUUUUGAACCAGACAAAGAGUUUGUUUUGAAACUGGGGAAUCUAGCUUUCCAUCACCUCCAGAAAGGCAAUGUAAUAUUUCAUGAGGAGCACCUGAGAGAGUUUGGUAUUGAUUUCAGUGAGGUUUCUGCAUUUCCUGGAGUUUGCAAAGAAAUCUUUAAAGAGGAGUUCGGGCUGUAUCACGAAAAGGUAUAUAGCUUUGUACACUGGAGCAUUCAAGAGUACCUCGCUGCUCUGUAUGUGUUUUUGUCGAACGGAAACAAAAAGCCCAUCUUUAGUGACAUGACCUCGGAUGCAGAAAACACAAUGUCUCAGUUGAUGAAAAAUGCAGUGGAUCAGUGUUUACAGAACAAAAAAGGACACUUGGACCUGUUCCUCCGCUUUCUGCUUGGUCUCUCAAUGGACUAUAGUCAAACUGUCCCACAAGGCUUGUUGACACACAUGAGAUGUUCAGAUAACAUGGAGGAAACAGUCCAAUACAUUAAGAAGAAGAUCAGGGAGAAUCUCUGUCCGGAGAGGACUAUCAAUCUGUUUCAUUGUCUGAUUGAAAUGAAUGAUAGUUCUCUGGUGGAGGAGGUCCAGACCUCCUUGAUGUCAGGAAGACUUUCUGCACAACACCUUUCACCCACACAUUGGUCAACUCUGGUUUACCUGUUGCUGCUGUCAGAAGAGACGCCAGAUGUGUUCGACUUGAAGAAAUACAUAAUGUCAGAUGAAGGCCUUCUAAGGCUGCUUCCGGUCCUUGAACCUUCCAGAAUAGCCCAGCUUAGUGGUUGUAACCUCACUGUGGACAGCUGUACAGAACUGGCCUCAGUUAUUAGCUCAAGCUCCACGAGGCUGAGAGAGCUAGAUCUUCGGUACAAUGACCUGCAGGAUUCGGGAGUGAAGCUUCUCUCGACUGGUCUGCAAAAUCCUCUAUGCCGUCUGGAGAAUCUGAGGCUGGCAGGCUGUAAAAUCACAGACAAAGGCUGCACUGCUCUGACUUCAGCUCUGCGCUCGAACCCCUCAAGCCUGAGGGAGCUGGAUCUGAACAACAACUAUCCUGGGGAUUUAGGAGUGCGACUGCUCGCCGCCGUACUGGAGGAUCCGAAGUGCAAACUGCAGAAGCUCUGGCUUUCAGGCUGUGGGAUCAGAGAGGGAGGCUGUGCUUCCCUGACAGCAGCUCUGAGUUCAAACCCCUCACACCUGAGAGAGCUGGACUUGAGUUAUAACCCUCUAGGCUGUUCAGGAGUGAGACUCCUCUCUGCCGUACUGGAGAAACCUGACUGCAAGCUGAUGAAGCUCAGAUUGUCAUUGUGUGGAGUGGCAGAGGGAGGCUGUACUUCACUGGCUUCCGCGCUUCGCUCGAACCCGUCACACCUGGAGGAGCUGGAUCUGAGCACCAAUCGCCCUGGAGACUCGGCAGUGAAGCUGCUCUCUGCUUUGCUGGAAGAUCCCAACUGUAGACUGGAGAAACUAAAGAUCUUCCCUCGGCUUGACAGUUCGGCAGGUGCUCAGCCCCCAUCAGCUCUGUGAAAGAUCUCAGUCGACCGUUUUCACUAUUAGUUUGGCGCCUCUGUCGGGAGGAGGAGUGUGAUGUCAUUGCAUUGCGGCACACAAUACACAUCCGCAAGCUAGAUGAGAUCAUUUCAAAAAGGACAGGGCGACUGAAGAUUUUAUAUAAAUCCCGUUCGACCCAAGGAUUGCUGGUCUGGAGUGCCUCAACUGUUCUGCCAGAGAAGAUGGGAAUUCUCAGGCUAAAUAAACAGGAACACACAUUCUACCAAAUUAGGUUUGGGGUUUUUAGAAAGCCUGUAACAGAAUAUAUGCUUACGCUUUAUGGGCUGGCCGCAUGUUAUCCAGGACUUCAAGAUGAAGAACAAGGCUUCCUGUUAUUUAAGUGGUUGUCAGGUGAAUAAAGGAACUGGUACCGUUAAAUCUAUGACAUCGUAAUUGAAAUCUCCAUUUGAAAUCGAUUAAAGCUAUUUAAUGGAGAUGAGUCACGUGUCAUUUUGAAAUAGAAAUUCUUUGCUCUUUGUAUAAUCUAGUACCGUCUCUUGACGCUAGGCGUUGGUGUGCAGGCUUCUUAAUGUCAUACUUUAAAUCUGUUUUCCAAUCCAAUUACUUUGUGCAUAUUUGCAUGUGCACGCUUUCCUUUGCAUGUGUUCAUUUUUCUCACUGUGGAAAACAAACUGGACUGCACAAGGGCCUUUAGAAAUAAAGGUGCAAAAUCAAA